AUGGCAGUGACGGCGGUGAGAGCGGCGGCGGCAGCGGCAGCGGCAGCGGCAGCGGCAGCGGGGGGCCCGGCGGCGUCUUUGUCCCGGUUCAGAGGAGCGCUGGUCGCGGCUGUGCUGGGAGAUUGUGUCGGCGGAGAGUUUGAAGGAGCGGAGGAGGUCCCCAUGGAGAGCGUGCUGCAGCACCUGAGCAACCUGGACGACGAGACCAAAGGGAGUGGUAUCCUUGAGUACAGUGACGACACUGCAAUGGCACGCUGUGUGGUCCAGUCUCUACUCACCCGUGUCGGCUUUGAUGAGCAGGACAUGGCUCGCAGGUUUGCUAAGGAGUACAGCAUGUCCCCGGGUCGUGGCUAUGGUUCUGGAGUGAUCCAGGUGUUGAAGAAGCUGUCGUCCCCUCAGCUCAGUGACGUGUACCAGCCGGCCAAAGACCAGUUUAAUGGUCGAGGCUCCUUUGGGAACGGGGGAGCCAUGAGGGCGGCUCCCUUCGCGCUGGCUUUCCCUGAUCCAGCUGAUGUUAAAAGGUGCGCCCGACAGGGUGCCAUGCUGACCCACUCCUGCUCUCUGGGUUAUAACGGUGCGGUGCUACAGGCAUUAGCUGUGCACCUCUCCCUGCAGGGGGCAAUAGACAAGCCUCAGCAGUUCAUCAGCAGGCUGAUCACAGAGAUGGAGGAAGUGGAGAGCAACGAUGAGACACGCAACGAUGCCAGAAUCCUAAAAGAAGCAGAGAAGCCGUUCUGCGAGCGCCUCCACAGAGUUAGAGACCUGAUGGACAGGAGCACGGUCAGCAUAGAGGAGGUCAUUUCUGAGCUGGGUAACGGCAUUGCGGCGCUCCAUUCGGUCCCCACCGCCAUCUUCUGCGUCCUCCACUGCCUGCAGCCCAGAGAGUGCCUCCCGGCGAACUACGGCGGCCUGGAGAGGACAAUAGCGUACAGCCUGGCCCUGGGAGGGGACACAGACACCAUAGCCUGCAUGGCGGGGGCCAUCGCCGGGGCCCACUAUGGCAUUGAGGCCAUUCCCCAGUCGUGGAUUAGGUGCUGCGAGGGGGCAGAAGACGCACACGUGAACGCAGAGCGGCUCCGCAUGCUGUACCACCGGUCCUCACAGGGAGGCAGCGGGAGUGGGACGGGGGGGCGGAGCUGCAAAGAUGCACCUGAAAGCAAGUCAAGCGCUUCCAACGGCACAGAGAAGAAAGCUGGAGCUGAGUGAUUCCUCAACUGGAGUUUGAAAAACAAAAAAAGGACUCUUGAACACACGCACACAAAUUACACACUCACCCUUAACAAAUACCUUUUUGUUUUUCAAACUGUGUUGGUUAAAUUGGAACUUAAUUAAGGGCAAGAUAUCUGAACAUUGCAACAUUAUUUUAGUGGUCACACAGCUCAUUAUUUUCUGAGACCCCCAAACGUGGAAAAAAUGUAAAUGCUAAAUUUGUCAGGUAACAGAAUGGUAAAGCCGAACAAAGAAACAUCAAGAUGUCCGCAGAUGGACUGGAUUGACUGUGUUUCAUACAGAAAUUUGGUCUGUGUAUGCACACCCACUAACACACCUCUCUCCCUUCCCUGCUCUGUGUUGAACAAUCCUUCAUCAUGUGAAAGUUGCACUAUAAAUUGGCCACAUCUUGUUUCAUCCUUUUGGUGGAUAACAAUUAUUUAAUAAACUCUAUUUUUUUUUUAUUCACAUUUUCCGUUUGAGUGUUUAUUUCGAAUGCAAGACUCAAAAAGCUCAUUUGUGCUGAGAUGUCUUAUUACUAAUCUUGUAGCCCAGCACAACUCCUAACCUACAGGCUGCAGGAGAUUGCUAGUAUUAAGAAAACAAGACUACCGUCACAGCGGUGAGACUGAGCUAAUUGCUAAUGUCAUCACGCUAACAUGCUCCAGGUGACAUCAUCUUAGUUUUGUGUUAGCUUGCUAACAUUUGCUAAUUAGCACUAAACACAACAAACAACGGGGGUUGAUGGGAAUGUCAGUAGUU